AUGUUUCUCCGAAGCGCUCUCCUCUCGCUCGCUGCCCUUGCGGCAGCGAAGGAAAUGCCCAAGGACGAGUUCAGGGCUGCAGAGCUUUUUGACUCAGGUAUCCGCCAUGAGAAUAACAAGGCUCUGAAGCUGGAAACAUGGGCCGCACAAGAAGCCGCCGGAGUCUACGCCUCAGCCCAGUAUGCUGAACUUGCAUCCAUCGCCAACUGUGCCAACGGCACUGCGAAGACAUCUACAGACACCUUCAAGUGCAAGAACAUCGACCUCUAUCACUUCCUGUCCCACUCCGCUCUAGGUAGCACCUAUGGCUUCGGAUCUUCAUCCUGGGGCUGGACAUCAAGCACCGGUCGCGAGUUCGUUGCUAUCGGUCAAUCUGAUGGCACGGCUUUCGCUGAGAUCACAAAAGAGGGCAAGCUCUCUUACCUCGGACGUCUGCCUCAGUACUCCACGCGCAGCCAAUGGCGCGAGAUCCGUGGUCAAAACGACUACAUGAUCAUCGGCUCAGAGGCUGUAGACCAUGGUAUCCAGAUCUUCGACAUGAAGAAGCUUCUUACCCUCAGCCCCUCAUCUCCCAAGACCUUCAGUAACACUGCCGAUCUUGCUGGCCACUACAAGGGCCUCCCUACCGGCCGCACCCACAACGUCGUCACCAACCCGGAGACGAACUUCAUCUACUCUGUUGGUGCUAUGCCCAGGACCGACAAGUGCAAGUCGGGUAUCAUCUUCAUUGACAUCUCGGACGUCAAGAACCCCACCAGCCCCGGCUGUGCGUCCGCCGACGGCUAUGUGCACGACGCCCAGUGUCUGAUCUAUCACGGGCCUGACAAGGCCUACGAGGGCAAGGAGAUCUGCUAUGGAUUUAACGAGGACACCCUGACCAUUUACGACAUCACUAACAAGAAGGCGCCCGUAGUUCUCUCAGUCACUUCCUACACCGGUGCAGCAUACACCCAUCAAGGUGUCGUCCUUGAUCCCAAGAACCAGAAAUAUCUGCUUCUGGACGAUGAGUACGACGAGUACGACAAGGUUGGACCUGGAGCACCCGGCAACCCCAUCACCUACAUCUGGGAUAUCUCUAGCUUGAAGGCUCCCAAGCAGACCGGCUACUACAAGUCUGGCGCCAAAGGCAUCGACCACAACCAGUACGUAGCCAACGGCUUCGCUUACCAGUCCAACUACGGCACCGGUUUCCGUGUCCUCGAUGUGCGAUCCAUCCCAACCGACCCCACUGGCAAGGGCGUCAAAGAAGUCGGUUUCUUCGAUGUCUACCCUGAGGACGACAACGUGACUGGUGGCGGAAAUGUCGACUUUGUCGGUACUUGGUCCAGCUAUGCGCUGUUCAAGAGCGGAUACAUUCUCGUCAACACGAUGGAGCGUGGUGCGUUCGUCUUGAAGUUGCAAACUGGUGCCACCGCAUAG